AACCCAAUAUAAGACGACCGUAUUGAGAGUGAGAGCCAAGGUAAUCAAGUCAAACACACAUGUCUUCUUCCUUUGAUGCCUCUCUCGCCGCUCCGGUUAACCCUGCCGGUGAUGAUUCCGUAGUUCAAGACUCUUCGAUUUUGGGUACCGAAGAGGCCCAAGUAUCUGAUUAUGACGGAUCGGUUUUACCUCCACUGUCGGAGAUGCAGCCUGAGGAGGGUUUUGCUCUUAGAGAGUGGAGAAGACAAAAUGCAUUGCGUUUAGAAGAGAAGGAGAGGAUAGAGAAAGAGUUGUUAAACCAAAUCCUUGAUGAAGCUGAUGAGUAUAAGGUCAAUUUCCACAGCAAGAGGAAGAUAACCUGUGACAGUAACAUAGCAACUAAUCGGGAAAGCGAAAAGGUAUAUUUGGCUGGGCGGGACAGGUUCCAUGCAGAAGCUAACCAGAGUUACUGGAAGGCAAUUGCAGACCUCGUUCCCAAAGAAGUGGCGGUUAUAGAGACUAGAGGGGCGAAGAAGGACCAGGACAAGAAACCUUCUGUUGUCAUGAUCCAAGGUCCCAAGCCUGGAAAGCCAACUGAUUUAUCGAGGAUGAGGCAGAUCCUCAUAAAACUCAAGCACGACACCCCUCUUCACCUCAAACAUUCCCCACCUCCACCUGCCGCCAAGGAUGCCCCAUCUGCCGCUCCUGAUGCAGCUGUUACCACAGCGGAGGCUGUUGCUGUUGCCUAGUUUUUAAUGUUGUUUUGUUCACCUCUUGUUUAUGUCGAUAUACAUUUAGCUGAGGGGGAUAACUGGAGUUUCAGAUGUUUGAUGUAACUAUGAUUUGUGGUUUUUCUUUGAAUAUUUUGGUACUAGAAUCUUAUCUGUAUAUGGAUAUUGCAGCAAACUUUAGUUUUCAAUAUUAUUCAAUUA